CUAGUUUCUUCCCCACACAUGGACUCAUUAGGUCUCCAAACACACACACACACUCACACACACGCACAUAUUGGGCAUGCCUGUGGUUCUACUCACUUCCCUCCAGGAGCCAAUAUGAGGCGAUGUGUUCUGUGCGAUGGGAGUGAAGCCAAGGAAGACAGUUUGUUUGAAGCCAUUGACCAAAUUCUACACAAGUGUGGACCUCUGCCUCGAUAAAGACCACAGCAUGAAACAAUGAAUUCAGAUGCCACAGCCACUCAUAUUGGCAGUUUACGCAAAGAGUGCAGAUUGACACCCAGAUUAGACUGCAAGAGGCCAUCUCGCUGGAAGCACACUUAAUGGACAUGAAGUUCAAUGAAGUGAAUUGGUGAAGGGUAAAAAGUGAGGGCCAAACAGCCAUGUUGUCAAAAAUAGCAGUGGGUCUCAUCCUGACCCUUCUAAUCCUACUGACCAUCAGCGGCAACAUGCUGGUGUGCCUGGCGGUCUGUGCCUCGCGACGCCUCCGCUGUCUCACCAACUGCUUCAUCGUGUCACUGGCGGUCACCGACCUUCUGCUCGGCCUCGCCGUCCUCCCCUUCUCGGCCCACCUGCAGCUCACCGAUGACUGGCCAUUGGGCCCGGUCUUUUGCAACUUCUACAUCUCCAUGGACGUCAUGCUCUGCACUGCCUCCAUCCUCACCCUGAUGGCCAUCAGUAUGGAUCGCUAUUUGGCUGUGACAAUGCCCCUUAGAUACAGCUCUCUGGUACUGCCUUGGAGAGUAUUUGUGGCCAUGGCGAGCGUCUGGACCGUGUCGGUGGCCGUGUCCUUUUUGCCCAUCUACAUGGGUUGGAACACCGUCAACGGAACAGUGCAAAACCACGGCCUACGGGCUCCUGAAAGGACGUGUCGCUUUGAACUCAACAGGCCUUACGUUCUGACUGACUCCCUUCUCACCUUCUACUUGCCUCUGCUGGUCAUGUGCUGGACAUACCUCAGAAUAUUUCGCAUCGCACGUGCACAGAUCAAGCGCAUCAUCAGUACUCGGCCCACGUGGGUCACCACUUAUAGCUGCAGGAGCCACCAAUCGGCCGUCACCACCGUCGUCUCCGGUGUCCCAGCGUCGGCCCUGCGGGAGCACAAGGCCACGGUGACGCUCGCGGCAGUGAUAGGGGCCUUUGUGGUGUGUUGGCUGCCUUAUUUCAUUCUGUUCACAGCACUGGGCCUACAGGAGAAUGCCAACCCCAACAAAGUCCCAGAAUUUUCCAUUGUGCUGUGGCUGGGUUACACCAACUCAGCACUCAAUCCGAUCCUCUAUGGAGCCCUCAACAGGGACUUCAGGUCCGCCUACACGCAGCUACUGAGAUGUCGAUGGCCGACAUACAGUGGGUGCCAACAUUCUCCUGCCACAGUAACUAUAGCAGGCAGACAACAGCUCAUGGAGGUGACACUUCUGUGUGGACACACACCUUCCAGCUGCAGGGCGGGUCAAACAAGUCACAACUUCAUGCUACAAGAGUCACAUAGCAGGACGAACACAACCAUGACCCAAACUGCGAACGGCACAACUGAUACAGAUGUCAAUGACAGUUGAAAAAGGUAAAGUAAUAUUCUAAAAAAUCUAAAAUGCAGACAGAGUUGAUCAUCACCGCUUCAUGCGAAGUCCCGUAGCAAUACAUGUGUGUUUAUAUUUAAAUCACACAAUGUCAAUCAUAAUGUAGAUUUCAACACCUUUCAUUGUUGGUGGUGAGCUCAGGUCAGAAGCCUUUUUCCCACUGAGGUUACCAAGAGGAGGCAGCCAUUUUAAAAUUAUUGAAGUGCACUUACCUGAUGUACAGGAAGUACACAUUCAGAUGUCUGCACUGAGCACAGUCAGAAAUACUUCACCAACAGUUUCAACCCCUGCUAUUGUUACGUUGCUAAGACAAUGUGUGCAACAUGUUGACCAUGUGAUUUGUCUUUUAAUUUUAAAGCAAUAAAAUAUGAAACAUUUGCAUUCGCAUGAACACACCCACACGGUGUGCUGCACCUUCAUUAGCUAAAUCUCACUAAUCCAAUAAGACCCAAUACAAACCAUUUUUGUCAUAUUCAACAAUGUUUCAAUUUAAUAAUGACUAUUACUGUAGAGGUUACAUUUGCAAUGGUGUAGAACUGUAUCAUACUGAAGGAUCCAUCCAUCCAUCCAUCACACCUCGUGAGGCAUAUAGGAAGCUGGGGUCGAGAAAAGCUAACUCACCCCUGGACUGGCUGACAGUCAAUUGCAGGGCACAUUAUAGAGACAGACCACCACUCACACUCACAUUCACAGUCACUGAACGCAUGCUGCCGACAUAGAUGUCAGGUGAAUGAAUCGCUGCAAUGUCAGAGACUACAUAUUGGAAGAUGUUUAAUGAAUAAAUGAAAUACGCAAAACAGCAAUCAGACUUACUGUAAAUUUAGGUAUUUUUUCUGUUGUCUGUGUGUGUGUGGGGUCGGGGGGGGUGUAAUGACCAAAAUACCUGCCUGGUUUUCACAGUCAGAUGUUGGUGUCUUUCUUCCUGUUAGCACACGCGAUAGUCUCAAUGUAAAAUAAUGCAAGACCUCUGCAACUCCGCCUCUCCUCACGUACAAGAAUCAUCAACGCAUACUCAAUCCCCUCUGCAUUGAACAAGCACUGUUACUACACCAUGGAAACGAAGGCCAAAAAGAGUCUUUCUGGCACAUUCUGGAGGACUUAACAUGUCUGGCAGCAUGCUGGCCAUGAAGCACAAGUGGUGCAUCUGGAGGUUUAAGACAAGUGCGCCCUCUUGUGGUAGGAUCAAAUAUCACAAUCCUGAUUGGGACUGUACAGAACUAAAUCAAAGCAUCUCUGCAGAGAUCUCAACAUCACUUGAUGUACAGUCUCAAGUCUGUUGGAUUGGAAUAUGUAGCAUGGAAUGUAUUGUAAAUGCAUGUAUACAUUUAUUUCAGCGAGUAUGUUGGCAAAUGUACGCAAUCUGUCAAAAAUAACACAAUAAUUUUGAAGCAUACAAAUGAAAAGAUAUGAGAAAUACUUACUACUACUGUUAUUUGAGGUGUGUUUGGUGCACUUCAUAUAAAUGCUCUACUUUACAGUUUUGAAUUCAUUUGCUUUCCAAACCGCUCCACAUAUUUUUACUUACUUCAGGCUAUGUUUGUCCCAUGCGAAAAAUGAACAUACUUUUAUAUAUUAGUGGAAAUGCAUUAAAAUUAAAUAUGACAAAGACAGGUAUUCAUACAGCAACGUGUUGUCACACUGAAAAUAGAGGUACUCAAUUUGUCUUGUCUUUGUAUGUUUGUACAUAUUGUAUGUUUAUUAAAUGUAAUUAUUGGAAAAGAAUUGGAAUAAAAGGUAUCAAAAACGUUCCCGAGCUGACAUAUAAAGUAAUCAGGUGAGAUGAGCCAGAAUGUGAGAACAAAACAAGAACCUGAUGGUCACCCUGGCUGAGAACCAGAAGCCCUCUGCUGAAAUGGGACAAUGUCUAUGAUGAGCAGUACCUGCUUUCUUGUGGUGCCCAUGGGAGUUCAAUCGUGUUUUUUAUCAGAUCAGAGAUUUCUCACAGGAUGGAAGUCACAUUGGAUCUCCCUUUCUUUGUCCAAAUCUCUCCCGCAGCAUUUUUCUUGUAGAUCCGCUAAGGCAGUGGUUCUUAACCUGGGUUCGAUCGAACCCUAUGGGUUCGGUGAAUCGGUCUCAGGGGUUUGACGGAGCCUCUGCCAUGGAGGUUAAGACACACCUGACUCCACAUGUCAAUUAGUUAUGACAUGACCCCUUGGCCAUCACUGGCAGCAGAUGAUCACAUUACAUUGCUUGACCAAUCAGUGCUGUGAGAAAUUUAGUUUGCUUCUUAGUCAAAGUGUGACAGUCAUAAUAGUACGCCAUUCAAUAAAAAAAAAAAAGUAUACUAUCCAUUGAAAUUUUAUAUACUUUUUUUCUAUUUUUAAUCAAUGCCUUUUUUUAUAUUUUGAAUUUGUAAAAAGGUAUAUUUAUUUUUCACUAAUGAAGGUUUCGGUGAAUGUGCAUAUUCACUGGUUGGGUUCGGUAUGCUAAGAAGCUUGCACUGCGCUAAGGCUAAGAAUCACUAAGAAUCACUCUUUGUGUGUUUUUGCUUUCAUUGAAUUUAACAGGGAAGGAGGCGGUCUCCAGCCAAAAUCUCAUGGUGUCACGU